GUGGAGACGCCACGUCCACGUCUGGCGUUGACGUUGUGCUGUUCAUGAGACUACAGGAGACUGGCUUUGCUUCAAAGAAGGACUUCCUGCUCUACCUGAAAGGAUACCUCAAAUCUCUGAAGGAAAAGCUACAGGAGAGCAAACCCGAUGCUGUGGAGAAGCUCCCCGGCAUCCAGAAGCCUCUUCAGGACAUCCUUAAGAACUAUAAGGACCUUCAGUUUUUCACCGGCGAGAGCAUGAACCCCGACGGCAUGGUGGUGAUCUUGGACUACAAGGACUUCGAUGGCGAGGAGAGACCUGUGCUCUACUUCCCCAAAUAUGGCCUUCAGGAGGAGAAGUUAUAAGCCAGCUCCACCUUAUGCUCUACCAUUAUAACUGCUGUCUUCUACAUCGAUGGAACCCAUAUACUGACCUGAGAAGACCAGCGAAUUCCUGCUUUUAUCUAAUUUAUUAAAUUGGUGAAUAAAAGCAAGCUAAC